AAGUACGUAGAUGGCUGUAUAAUAGGUUUCGACUGGUCGAUAGAUUGUAACUAUUUAGUGCAGUUGAGGAGUUUAAUGGCAAGUGGUUUGUAGUUGGACUAUCUUCUUUUGGUAAUGUAAUACAAGUAAAAUUUAAAUACUAGAACUGCAAUCCUACACAUGGGUGGGCCAAAGAAGACCAAAAAAGAUGACAAUAGCAAGAAAUGGAAGAAGCGCAAAAGAGAUGAUGAUGAGUAUGUGUAUGCAGAAGAAGAACUAGUCGAUGUUGGUGAUGGAGGAAUUCCUAAUGCUGCUAAGAAAAACGUUGAAUCUGAAGAUCAGGGUGCUGCAGAAGAUGAGUAUGGAGCCAAAGAUUAUCGGUCGCAAAUGAUUCUGAAGACUGACCAUGAGUCACGGCCCCUAUGGGUGGCUCCAAAUGGACAUAUAUUCUUGGAGUCAUUUUCUCCAGUGUACAAGCAUGCCCAUGACUUCCUGAUAGCAAUAUCUGAACCUGUUUGUCGCCCAGAGCAUAUUCAUGAGUACAAGCUGACGGCUUAUUCUUUAUAUGCUGCUGUCAGUGUGGGCCUCCAGACUCAUGACAUCAUUGAAUACCUCAAGAGACUUAGUAAAACAAGUAUUCCAGAUGGCAUCGUAGAGUUCAUAAAACUGUGUACCCUGUCGUAUGGGAAGGUGAAACUGGUGUUGAAACAUAAUCAGUACUUUGUAGAGUCACCCCAUCCUGAAGUGCUCCAGAAGAUGCUGAAGGACCCUGUGAUACAGGAGUGUAGAUUACGGAGGAACAUUGACACUACAGAUGGCUCUGCAGGAAACCCAGAUGACUUUAUUACUCAGGUUCAGGAUAAAAAAGGUGUUCUCCAGUUUGGUACCAAACAGGGAAUCUCUAGUGGUGUUGUACCAAAAGAGCAUGGAAAUGUUGCACCUGGUGACCAAACUGACAAUAAGCCAGCGGAAGCUACCGUACCAGAAGAUAUCACUAAUUUCUAUGACAAGAUAGACAAAGAGGAUGAAGAUGACGAAGAGGAAGCAGUCCUCAAGACAGUCUCGUUUGAAGUCAAUCAGGAGAAGAUUGAAGUUCUCCAGAAGCGAUGCAUUGAGUUGGAGCACCCUCUGUUAGCAGAAUACGACUUCAGGAAUGACACGGUCAACCCUGAUAUCAACAUUGAUCUGAAACCAUCUGCUGUAUUGCGACCAUACCAAGAAAAGAGUUUACGGAAAAUGUUUGGAAAUGGCCGAGCAAGAUCCGGAGUUAUCGUCCUUCCUUGCGGUGCUGGAAAGAGUUUGGUUGGUGUUACUGCUUGCUGUACGGUGCGCAAACGAGCUUUAGUUCUCUGCAACUCUGGUGUGUCCGUUGAACAGUGGAAACAGCAGUUCAAGAUGUGGUCGACAGCGGAUGACAGCAUGAUCUGUCGAUUUACUUCUGAAGCCAAGGACAAACCAAUGGGAUGUGGAAUUCUGGUCACCACAUAUUCAAUGAUCACACAUACUCAAAAACGAUCUUGGGAAGCAGAGCAGACAAUGAACUGGUUGAAGGACCAGGAAUGGGGAAUCAUGGUUCUUGAUGAGGUGCAUACAAUUCCAGCCAAAAUGUUCCGGCGUGUGUUAACGAUAGUACAGUCACACUGUAAGCUAGGUCUUACUGCCACUCUGCUCAGAGAGGAUGAUAAGAUUGCCGACCUCAACUUCCUUAUUGGACCAAAAUUGUAUGAAGCCAAUUGGUUGGAGCUUCAGAAGCGUGGGUUUAUUGCAAGGGUGCAAUGUGCAGAGGUCUGGUGUCCCAUGACCCCAGAGUUUUACAGGGAAUACCUCAUGUGCAGGACAAGCAAGAAACUGCUGUUGUAUGUGAUGAACCCCAGCAAGUUUCGCAGCACGCAGUAUUUGAUACGCUAUCAUGAGAGACGUGGUGACAAAACCAUUGUUUUCUCUGACAAUGUGUUUGCCCUGAAACACUAUGCCAUUAAGAUGAACAAGCCUUACAUCUAUGGUCCAACUUCUCAGAAUGAGAGGAUUCAGAUUCUGCAGAACUUCAAGUUCAAUCCAAAAGUAAACACUAUCUUUGUCAGCAAAGUUGCUGACACAUCAUUUGACUUGCCAGAAGCCAAUGUUCUGAUCCAGAUAUCUUCCCAUGGUGGCUCACGAAGGCAGGAAGCUCAGAGAUUGGGUAGAAUUCUUCGAGCAAAGAAAGGGGCUAUUGCUGAGGAAUAUAAUGCAUUCUUCUACACUUUGGUGUCUCAGGACACAAUGGAAAUGAGUUACUCGCGGAAGAGACAGAGGUUCCUUGUCAAUCAGGGCUACAGCUACAAAGUGAUCACCAAACUGGCAGGCAUGGAUGAGGAACCUGAUUUGUUUUACAAAACGAGGGAGGAACAGAGUCAGUUGCUGCAGCAGGUACUUGCAGCUAGUGAUGUGGAUGCAGAUGAGGAAAGAAUUCCAGGCGAAGGACCUCGUACAGGACCUGCAGUUCAUCGCCGAGUUGGCAACAUGAGUUCUAUGUCUGGGGCUGAUGACGCUGUUUAUUUGGAGUACAAGAAGACAGCAUUUUCCAAUAUCAAGCACCCACUGUUCAAGAAGUUCAGAACAUGAUAGAAAGAUAUAGUUUAAGGUGUUGCUGAAAUUAUGUGUUAUAGCUAUUUACAUGAUAGAAACAAAUCAAAGGCAUCUAUAAAUCAUAUUAAACAUGUAAAUGCACUCUGUGGGAAACAGAAUUACUGGAUGAUAGAACAUUGGUACAUAUGGAUGCCAUUGAGUUUCAAAGGGUUGGUGAAGAAGAGCAUUAGUAGUUAGUAAACAAGUUAAAAAUGCGUUGUUCUGAUCUGUGAGACUCUUAAAUAAAAUGUUUCGUUAGUCCUUCCUCUUUUAUGUAAUGAUGUAGAGCUCUCCACUUUUUGCUUACAUUUUGGAUUGUUCCAGUGAGACACCCUUUGCUUCAAACGUUUCUGGUGGUCAUGUUAAGAAUGCUUGCUUUCCUAUUCUAUAUUUUGAAUUGUACAUAUUUGAGUAAAAGAGUAAAAAUGUACAUGUUGUUACACAAAACAUGUCCUAAACUGUAAGUGAAAGAUUUGCCUUGGAUUUGUGUCGUACUGUAUUUAUAGUAUGAUGUAUUGUAAAUAGUAUGUAUACAGUUUGAGAAUGAAAUGAAAUAAACUGUUGAAAACGUA